ACCCAUACUACCAGGACCCAGCCAAGUGUAACACAGAAUCCAGUCCAGACUUUCCAAUGGACUCCAGCAAUCUCCACUGCAGAGGACCAAAUGGAGAUCGCUGUAGAUGUAAGACAGUAAAAAUGAAUUUGAACACCUACCAGAAGAACAAUUACAACUACGUGAUCAGGGCGAGAGUGAAGGAGGUGAGGAAUCGCGGUCUGGAGCCCACAGCAGUGGUGGAGGUGAAGGAGGUGCUCAAGUCUUCUCUGGUCAAUAUUCAUAAAGAGACACAGACACUCUAUUACUCAUCCUCCUGCCUGUGUCCUUCUUUGUCUCCUGGGGAGGACUACCUCAUUAUGGGCUAUGAGAAUGAGGAGACAUCCAGGUUGCUCCUGAUUGACAGCUCUAUUGCUCAGAAGUGGAAGGACAAAAUGGGCAGGAAGGUCAAGAGAUGGAAUCAGAUCCUACAGAGAGGCCGAGGAGGUCCACGCCCAAAUCGCCACUGAGAUCUGUGUAUGUCUGUGUGUGUGUCUGUGUGAGUGUGCAUGUGUGUGCGUAUGUGUGUGUGUAGAUAUUGCACUAUCACAGGCUGUUGUAGUUGAAUGUAGUUCAUCUCUUCAUCUAGCAGACUGAUUGAGUCUGAUUUUUGUCAUUUAUUUUCUUUGCACAAACAUUAUUUAGUGUGCGUUUAAUGUGUGUGUUUAUCAGUGUGUGAAUGUGUGUUUGUAUGUGUUUAUACACCUAAAGCACUCAAUAAAGACAAGAGAAGGGGU